GAAAUUGUAUUAGUGGUAUUCUUUGGAACAGAAUAUGUGGUUCGGUUAUGGUCAGCAGGAUGCCGCAGUAAAUAUGUUGGAAUAUGGGGAAGGCUUCGUUUUGCUAGGAAGCCUAUUUCAAUCAUUGAUUUAAUCGUAGUUGUUGCAUCCAUGAUAGUUCUUUGUGUGGGGUCUAAAGGCCAAGUCUUUGCAACCUCAGCUAUCAGGGGCAUCCGUUUCCUGCAGAUUUUGCGAAUGCUGCAUGUUGACCGUCAGGGUGGUACAUGGAGGCUGCUGGGGUCAGUAGUUUUCAUUCACAGACAAGAGCUGAUAACUACACUCUACAUUGGAUUUCUGGGCCUGAUUUUUUCCUCUUAUUUUGUGUACCUGGCUGAAAAAGAUGCUGUAAAUGAUUCUGGAGAAACAGAGUUUGGUAGCUAUGCAGAUGCCCUGUGGUGGGGAGUAGUGACUGUUACAACUAUCGGCUAUGGGGAUAAAGUGCCUCAGACCUGGAUAGGAAAGACCAUUGCAUCUUGUUUUUCAGUAUUUGCGAUUUCCUUUUUUGCACUACCUGCGGGAAUUCUUGGUUCAGGCUUUGCCUUAAAGGUGCAACAGAAACAAAGGCAGAAGCAUUUCAACCGUCAAAUUCCGGCUGCAGCCUCUCUCAUACAGACUGCAUGGAGAUGCUAUGCAGCGGAAAACCCAGACUCUUCUACAUGGAAAAUAUACAUUCGAAAACCUGCCAGAAACUAUCAUUUGCUGUCACCCAGUCCAAAACCGAAGAAAUCUGUGAUGGUUAAAAAGAAGAAAUUUAAGUUAGACAAGGACAAUGGGCCUUCUUCUCCAGAUAGGAUGUUAACUGUUCCACACAUCACUUAUGACCACAUGACAGAUGACAGGAAACCUGAUUUCAGUUUUGAAGCGUAUGAAAAUUCUGUGAAGAAAAACCCGACGUUUUUAGAUGUGAACACAGGACCCUUCAUCAGGACCAACAGCUUUGCUGAUGAGCUUGACCUGGAGGCUGAGACACUGCUGACCCCAAUAACUCACAUCUCACAGUAA